AGGAAUGCAGGCCUAAUCAGUAAUCACUUGGGGACCAAAUGAGACACAAAAAGGAAGACGCCACCAUAUUUGCAUAUCUUGCAGCUUAACAGAGGAUCCAUUUGUACGUUUUACUGAUACGGCCGGAACACCAUCAAGAGUACUUUGGAGCUUGGAGUGUGGGAAUCUCAGAAGAGACUCAAAAGAGACUUUGGUAGCCUCUCUAGUGACAAGAAGGUACUUCAAAAAUUGUAGUAGUCGUGUGGAGGAGUUUGUAAAGCAAGGAGGAGAACAAUCUGGGAAGUCAUUAAUCGGUUCUAAAAAGAUAAUCCAAAAGAAGAAACGAGAGAAAUGGAAAUUAUGGAAUUGAUCAAACCAGUUAUAGAAAAAAUUGAAGCAAACUUGUUGAAGCAAAUAGGACAACAGAUUGGCUAUCUGAUUCACCUAAAUAGCAACAUUAGGAAUCUCAAAGAUCAAUUUCAGAAGCUGGAUGAGAAAAGACGUGGUGUGCAAUUAGGAAUUGACGAAGCCAAAAGGAACAUAGAGCUAAUCGCACCUGAGAUUGAGAGUUGGGUAUGUAAGGUAGACAACAUCAUUCCAGGUCUGCAGAGAUUCCUUGAAGAAGAUGUCAAAGCAAAUACAAUGUGCUUAGAUGGAUGGUGUCCCAAUCCAAAGUCACGAUAUUCCUUGAGUAGGAAUGCUAAGAAGAAGACUCUGGAAAUUGAUGGGCUUCUAAGGGAUGCUACCGCAUUUGUUACUAAAGCUUCCUAUUCUCGUCCUCCACUGGGAAUAGGAUCUUUAUCCAUAGAAGGUAUUAUGAAUUUCGAGUCAAGAACAAAAAUAAGGAAAGAAGUCUUAGAGGCACUAAGAGCUGACAAGGACAACAUUAUCGCGAUAUGCGGUAUGGGGGGGAUAGGAAAAACAACAAUGGCAAAAGAGGUAGCGAAAAGAGCAAAAGAUGAUAAGUUAUUUGAUGAAGUUGUAACGGCAGUGGUGUCCCAGAAUCAAGACUUGAGAAAGAUUCAGGGUCAAAUUGCAGAGAUGCUAGGUUUGAAACUUGUUGAAGAGAAUUCACUUGUAAGAAAAGAAAGAUUAAUAAAAAGACUAAUGGAUGACAAGAGUAUCCUUGUAAUAUUGGAUGAUGUUUGGGACGUACUUGAUCUAGAGGCAGUAGGAAUUCCUUAUGGAGGACAGCACAAAAGAUGCAAAAUUUUGUUGACAUCACGAAGUGAAGAAGCCUGCAUUCAAAUGAAAGCUAAGAUUUUUCCAAUCAAAGUCUUAACUAAAGAAGAAGCGUGGAGUCUUUUUAGAGAUAAGGCAGGUAAUUGUAUUGAUACUCCCAAUCUAUGUCCAAUAGCGAAGGAGGUUGCGAAGGAAUGUGGAGGUCUACCUGUUGCUAUUAUAACUGUUGGAAGAGCGCUAGAAGACAAAAGCAAGGUAGAGUGGAGUGCUGCUCUUCAACAGCUUAAAAAGUCUAUCCUGAAAAAUAUUCCUGGUCUAGAUUCAAAGGUCUAUUCCAGCAUGGAGCUCAGUUACAAUUAUUUAGGAAGUAAUGAAGAUAAGUCAUGCCUUUUGCUAUGCUGUUUAUUUCCAGAAGAUCAUGAUAUUCCCAUUGAAUAUUUGGUCAGAUAUGGAGUGGGACAAAGGUUGUUUAAAAGGAUUGAUAAUGUGGCAGAAGCAAGAAAUAUAGUUCAUGCAAGAGUUAAAAAUCUUAAAAGAUUGUCUCUACUGUUGGAUAGUGAGAAGGUAGAAUGUGUCAAAAUGCAUGAUGUUGUAAGGGCUUUUGCCAUAUCAAAGGCAGAUGAACUUGGUUUUCUGGUAGAAAGUGAUAAUAAAAUGGAAGAAUGGCCAGAGAAAGAUAAAUAUGGACAUUAUAAAGCAAUUUCCCUAAUGUCUGGAGAAAUGAAAAAUCAUCCUGAAGACAUAGAGUGUCCAAAACUUGAGCUUCUGCAGCUAUCAUGUAGCAAACUUACUACACAGAUGUUCCCAACCAAUCUUUUUAAAGGGAUGAAGGAACUGAAGGUAUUGUCUAUGCAAGGUAUGUCCUUUCUAUCACUACCACAAUCAAUCCGGGUUCUUGAGAACCUUCGGACAUUGCAUUUGGAUUAUUGUAAGUUCGAAGAUGUAUCUGCAAUUGGAGUACUUAAGAAACUAGAAAUGCUUAGCUUUUUUGGUUCUAGAAUCAGGGAGUUGCCGAGAGAAACCAAAAAUCUAAGUCAUUUAAAGUUGCUAGAUCUGUCAAAAUGCUUCAAUCUUCAACGAAUUCCACCUGGUCUCCUAUCAAGUUUAUCUCGACUAGAAGAGUUGUAUAUGGGAGAAGUACUUAUGGAAUGGGAACCUACUGAAGGCAAUAGAGAGGGAGAGGGAUCCAACGCAAGCCUUGUUGAACUAAUGUCUUUCUCCCAUCAUUUGAUGGCCUUAGAAAUUUGUAUACCAAACCCCAAGUCAUUCCCAAAAGACUUUCUCUUCAAAAAUCAUAUGACAAGAUUUCAUAUAUCUACUGGUAAUCUGAUAAGUGGUGGGUUUUAUAGGCCCCCCUUUAUUGAUCAAUUCAAAUUUCAAUCACAUGAUUAUUUGUUUGAAAACAGUUUGGUACUUUGGGGAGUUGACAUGCGUGAGAUUCCAGAGAGUCCGAUGCUUCAUCAACUCUUACAAAAAUCUGAAAUUUUAGAAUUGAGGGAAGUAAAAAAUUUAAAAAAUAUUCUCUAUGAGUUAGACCAAAAGGGUUUUCAAUGCUUGAAGGUUCUAAGAGUUCGUCAUAGUAAGGAUGUAGAAUAUGUAAUUGAUACCACAUCAGAUCAGACUCCACAAUCUGCGUUCCCUAUCUUGGAGUCACUAGAACUGUCUUAUUUGGUUGAAUUAAAAGAAAUAUGUCAUGGGCUAUCAAAAUGCAGCAGUUUGAAAAAUGUCAGAUCAGACUCACAGCUUGCUUUUUUUGUCAACCUCAAAUCUCUUUGGCUAUCAAAAUGCAGCCGUUUGAAAAAUGUCUUUUCAUUGUCCAUAGCGAGAGGUUUGGUUAAACUCCAAGAGUUAGAAAUAGAACGGUGUGAUUACAUGGAAGAAAUUUUCCUCAAGGAAGGAGAAGAAGACGAAAUGGCAUUUGAUAGGAUCAAGUUUCCACAAUUAACAUCAAUACGCAUAUCCUGUCUACCAAAACUCAUUGGUUUUUGUACAGCUGGGGAUCCUGCAGUUAACAUUUCUCAUAAAUUGUUUUCAUCUAAGACAAUCCUGUGGUUACUGAAUUUAGAAAAUCUUAAAUUAAAUGAGGCUAAUUCACUAAGAGUGAUAUUUGAUCUUGAAGGACUAAAGGUCGACCAUGACUACCAAAGAAUGGCAGUACUUGCUCAAUUGAAAACUUUAGGCUUACGGAGUUUAUCUAAGUUGACAGAAGUGUGGAACAAUGUUCCACGAGGUGUUCAGGGUUUUCAAAACCUAAAAUCUAUUAUAGUAAAUAGAUGUCACCGUCUAAGUUACUUAUUCCCAUCUUCUGUUGCAAAACUACUUGUGGAACUUCAAAGCAUUACGGUAGAUAAGUGUGAUGCAAUUGAAAACAUUGUUCAAAGAGAUGGAGAGGAAGAUGAAGCAGAUAUCAGUGUGUUCCAUAAAGUUACUUCCAUUGACUUAAUAGGACUGCCAAGUCUAGUGAGUCUUUCUGCUGGAGCUUAUUCUUUUGCAUGGUUAUCCAUGAAGAAGAUCGAUAUGAAAAGUUGUCCUAAAUUGAAAACAUUUGGUUCGGAAAUUUGGAGCCCAAGAAAGCAGAAGAAAACCAAUAGGGAUCGAAGCACCACCAAAAAAUCCCAAGGGAGCACCUCAGUGAACAAAGAGGUAUGUAUCUGACUAAAUAAUAGUAAUUUCUUUCCCUUAACAUUAAAAGUUCUAGA